UGCUUCGAGGUGGACGACGGGCCUGGGCUCUGCGAGCGGCUGCGGAGCCGGGGGUGCUCCCUGUGGGUGCCCCCCACCAAGGUGAGCGACGACAGCGGCUCCGUCACCUACGGGGUGGUGAGCUCCGUCGUGGGCAACAUCAGCCAUACCCUGCUCGACCGAUCCCGCUACCGGGGGCCCUUCCUGCCUGGCUUCCAGGCAAUCCCAGGAACCCCCCUAGAUGUUGAGGAUCAGAUUGAAAUCACCCACUUCGACCACAUCACGUGCGUCUGCUCACGGGGCAGCGCCAGGGCGGCUCUGCGCUGGUACCAGCAAUGCUUCGGAUUCCAGCGCUUCCAGCUGAACCCGCAGGAGACCCUGUCUGAGGGGUACACAAUCAGCGGGCAGGGGGUCGGCAUGCUCCUCCUGGCACUGCAGAGUGCCAAGGGCACCGCAGCCCUGCCACCCCACAACUGCAAACUCAUCCUCGUUGAGUCCCUCUCAGAGGGCGGCACGAACCAAGUCGAUACCUUCCUGGAGCAGCACAGAGGAGCUGGGAUCCAGCACAUCGCCCUCUGCACCCCAGACAUCGUCAACACAACCAGGGCCUUGAAGCAGGCCGGCGUGCGGUUCUUCAUGCCCCCUGCCACCUAUUACAGCCAGGGGGGCAAAGAGGAAGAGAUCCGGGGGGCUGGGCAAGACCCCCGUGCACUGGCAGAACUGGGCAUCCUGCUGGAUGCUGCGGUGCCUGGGGAUGGUGAGGAAGGCUGGCUGGGUGCAGACACUUCACAGAGCUCCCCCUCACAGAAGAAAUAUUUAAUGCAGAUCUUCACCCAUCCCAUCUUCCCCGAGGAGACCUUCUUCCUGGAGCUCAUUGACCGGCGGGGGGCCCCGGGCUUCGGGGAAGCCAAUAUACGGGCACUGUGGAAAGCUGUGCAGGUCCAUAUGGCCCAGCAGCAGUAGUGGCAACUCCUCAAGCUGCCUCCUGUCCCCCCGGCCCAACCCUGGGGAUGGGACCCCCCUGCAGUGAUACCGACACACAACGGCAGACGACUGACGGGGGCAGGGACUCUAGGAAGUCUGAUCCAACGCAAAGCCAAGCUCAGCUCAAGGCUGGGUCCAUCUGAGCUCUGAACAUCUCUGAGGAUGGAGAUUUGAUUUCUCCUCUCCCUAGACUCCCCUUCCCACAUUUUAUCUCCAUCUUGUGCAGACUUUUUUGCCUUAAUUUAACCUUAAUCUAAGCAGACUUGUGUCUGCUGCAAGCCAUGCAGGGAUGAAGCCCCAGAGGUGAGGGGCUGCCGGAGGGAAGGGAGCAGGCACAGACACUGCAGCCAUGUGGGGGUUAUGGCCUGGAGCACCUGGAGCUCUGCUACAGUGACUUCCUCUUAAUUACCUCAA